AUGCUUGAGGAGUUGCACAGUUCCAUAGUGCAAGCUGGAGUGCCGAGUCUUUCCACCUUCCCAACAGACUCAUUAGCGAAGAGCAGUUCGCAACAUGAAGAUGAGAACGGGCAGGACCAGGCGUCUACGAUCCUUGAAGCCGUUAGCGAGUCCACUACUAGCAAAGUCGCAGAAGAGGACUCUUCGGAGCCGCUGUUUUUCAACUACCACGAGUUUGUGGAGACCUUCUACGGUAAUUUGGACACGCCGAACGGCCGCUGUGAACACAGCGAGUCGCAGAGCAUAACGAUAACGCAUUUUCCGAAUCCGUACUGUGCCAUUGAUUCGCUUGAAUUCCAAACUACAAGGGUCGUGCGGAUCCCACGACGAUUCGAAACUACAUUAGAGUACCCAUGCUUCAGCACGAUGCUCCCGGGGAACGAACCCGCUGCUAUAGUGGACGCCACAGACGGGAAAGAGUUCGUGCCGCAUGGUGUGUACGAUGACGGACAGCUGUUCGGCUACUCCUCGGUGAGCCCGCUGUCCUUGUAUUUUACGCAAGAGGAGUUUGAGGUCAUAGUUACUCAGGUGAACCGGUAUAUUGCCAAGUCCUUCCGGGCAAGUAGCCCGUACAACGUGUUCGACAUCGCAGUCGGGAUUCUUACGUUGGGUCUGUGGUCGCUGUUGUCCCACUGGCACGAACUACAACCGGUGUCGCUGAAAAAGCUCGACCGUUACAUUUUGCAUCUGAACAGCUCUACUAAAUUUAGUAGCCAGGGCAUUAGCAUCAUCAACCCGAAACGAUCUGGGUUCCUAUCUUUAGAUUUCCAGGUACCGAGACCGAGACUCGCAAAGCCUCAGGUGGAAUGA